UACCAAAAAUUAUGUGCUUCAUUUCUUGUCAUGGAUAUUUCACCUAUACCAGCUUUUAAUCGUUCACGUUUUCAAGAAUAUUAUUGUCAGACUUUUUCCUUCAAAAAAUGUUGUUUAUUUCUUUUUUCCUUCAUUUUCUUGAUAACCCUUGUAGUAGUGGUAGUUCCUUCCAUAAUUUUCUUAAGCUUGAAGCCCCAAAAGCCCGUUUUCUCAAUCCAAACGUUAAAAGUGCAAUCUUACAAGCUUGACGUUUUAAAUAAUUCAGGCUCCGACGACCUCCUAUUUUCAUCGGUCAUCUCUCUGAUACUGAUUGCGCAAAAUCCUAAUAAAGUUGGCAUAAGGUAUACGUCGACGCGAUUUCAUGUGUUUAAUGAAGGAGUAGUUAUUGGAAUGAUUCAAGUUCCUGCAUUUUAUCAACCUCCUCGUAGUAAUAACUUAACAUUGGAGGCUAGAGUAAUAUUUUAUUGCGUGAACGUUACUCAAAUUUUGUCUAACAUUUCACUGCAACAGAAGAGUUCAACAAAAAGUGUUACGUUGGCAAACAUAUUUGGUGAUGUUUCAACGCAGGUGAAACUUCUCAAAUAUGUCAACUUUCCCAAAGUGAAGUUGGCCGUGGAGUGCGCCAUAAAUAUUGACCAAAACAAUAUUAAACUCAGUAACCAAGUUGUCAACAGCGUGAAAGCAGCAAAAUAUAGUACGAUAUCUCUUCCAAUGAAUAUCACGGGAACUUUCUCCAACAAGUGUUCUGCAUCUAUUUACAUCUAACGCGCUGAUG